AUGAAGUUUCCUUCGUUACGAUUUUUUUUUAUAAUUAUCUGCAUAUUUGGUGGAAUUGUUGGUGAUCCUGCUCCUGCUGAAGAUUUUUAUCAUCGAACUCCGUUAAAUCACGAUGAAAUAAAGUGUUAUGAUGACUUUGGAAAAGCUCAGCGAUGUAUCCCCCCUUUCGAAAAUGCGGCUUUUAAUAUUUUAAUGGAAGCAACAAAUACGUGUGGUCAAGAUGGCAGACCUACGGAGUUUUGUAAGCAAACGGGGGUACAUAAAAAAUCGUGUGAAGUUUGUCGAUGGGGUGAUCAUCCAGCGGCUUAUCUAACUGAUCAUGAUAAUAAUGAUAAUGCAACGUGGUGGCAAUCAGAAACUAUGUACGAAGGGAUUGAAUAUCCUAAUCAAGUUAAUUUAACUUUAAAACUUGGUAAAACCUUUGACAUCAUAUACAUACGCGUAUUAUUUGAGUCACCAAGACCUGAAAGUUGGGGAAUCUACAGAAGAAAAAACGAUAAAUCAGAUUGGGAACCAUAUCAAUUUUAUUCAGCAACUUGUAGAGAUACUUACGGACUUCCUGAUGUAAAAGAAACUAUUCGAGGAGAAGAUACUCGGGUUCUUUGUAAUUCAGAGUACUCAGAUAUUUCUCCUUUAACUAAAGGAACUGUAGCGUUCUCAACUUUAGAAGGAAGACCAUCAGCUUAUCAGUUUGAUACCAAUGCAGCUCUUCAAGAAUGGGUACAAGCAACCGAUCUUAGGAUAACACUUGAUCGUUUAAAUACUUUUGGAGAUGAAGUAUUCGGAGAUGAGCAAGUACUUCGAUCUUAUUAUUAUGCAAUAACUGAUAUUGCCGUAGGCGCUCGUUGUGCUUGCAAUGGUCAUGCCGGAGAAUGCAUCAAUUCGACUAGUGCUGAUGGAACAAUGACUCGCAGAAUUUGCCGAUGCGAACACAAUACAGCAGGUCCAGAUUGUAACGUAUGUCUGCCGUUUUACAACGACGCUCCUUGGGGUCGUGCAACACUGAGUGACGCUCACGAAUGUAAAGCUUGUAAUUGUAAUGGAUACUCGGACAAGUGUUACUUUGACAAGGAUCUCUAUGCACAGACAGGUCAUGGUGGACAUUGCGUUGAGUGCAAAGCUAAUCGUGCUGGUCCUAACUGUGAAAAAUGCAAAGACAAUUAUUAUCAACGUGCUGAAGAUGGUUAUUGCAUUGCUUGUAAUUGUAAUGAUAUAGGAUCCAGGAGUCUCCAGUGUAACAGUGAAGGUAAAUGUCAAUGUAAACCAGGAAUAACCGGUGACAAAUGUGAUCGUUGUGCUCCAAACAAUUACAAUUUCGAUUCAAUCGGAUGUACUUCUUGUGACUGCAGUGAGAAAGGAUCAUUGGGCAACGAACCAAGUUGUGAUUCCGUCACCGGCGCAUGUUCUUGUAAAGAAAACGUCGAGGGUAAACGAUGUAGAGAAUGUCGUCCAGGAUUCUUCAACUUGGCUCUAGAAAACGAAUUUGGCUGCACUCCUUGCUUUUGUUACGGACAUUCAUCAAUUUGCCGGCCAGCAAAUGGUUAUUCAAAAGUCGUGAUUGAAAGUAUGUUCGUACGAGGUAAUGAACGUUGGCUCGCAAGUGUUGCCGGUAAUAAUCUUCCUCUGCAUUACGAUGCCGUAACACAGACAGUAUCCGUAUCAGCUCCAGAUCGUGACAACGUUUAUUUUGUCGCACCCGAUAGAUUUUUAGGAGACCAACGCGCGUCUUACAAUCAAUACUUAUAUUUUAAUUUGAGAAUCGGCGAGACGGAUCCUACACCAACGGCUCGUGAUAUCAUAUUAGAAGGAGGCAACGGUGAACAGAUAACUCAGCCCAUAUUCGGUCAAAAUAAUCGCUUGCCUACGGUAACACCUCAAGUUUAUAAAUUCAAACUUCACGAGCACGCUAAUUACGGCUGGCAACCCCGUCUUUCAGCUCGUGCUUUCAUGUCCAUUUUAUCAAAUCUUACGUCGAUUAAAAUUCGCGGAACUUAUACUCAUCAAGGCCGUGGAUUUUUAGAUGACGUUGGUCUAGAGACAGCACAGCGCGGCGCAGCAGGUGAACCUGCUGACUGGGUAGAACAUUGCCAGUGUCCUCACGGUUACGUAGGACAGUUUUGUGAAUCUUGUGCUCCUGGAUUUCAUCAUGAUCCGCCCAGUGGUGGUCCAUUUGCUCACUGUGUUCCAUGUAACUGUAACGGACAUGCCGAUAUUUGUGAAGCAGAGACGGGUCAAUGUAUAUGUCAGCACAAUACUGCUGGUAGUAAUUGCGAAUUAUGUGCGCGAGGAUUCUAUGGUUAUCCGUUAAAAGGAACACCAGAUGAUUGUCAAGCAUGUCCAUGUCCUGAUAAUGGACCAUGUAUUCUUCUGGGUAAUAAUCCUGACCCUAUUUGUUCAGAGUGUCCGAUAGGUCGUACCGGUCCCAGAUGUGAAACGUGUUCUGAUGGAUACUUCGGAAAUCCCGACAAAGGAUUAGCAUGUCGUCCUUGCGAAUGUAAUAACAACAUUGAUUUAAAUGCUGUACGAAAUUGUAACCAAGAAACUGGAGAAUGUUUGAAGUGUGUAAAUAAUACUGCUGGUUUUCAUUGUGAAGAUUGUCUUGCUGGAUACUGGGGCGAUGCAUUGUCUGAUAGAAAGGAAGACAGUUGUAAGCUGUGUCAAUGCUAUCCACCAGGAACACUAGAGACAGACGUCGGAGGUAUUGAACCCUGUAAUCAGCUGACUGGAUAUUGCUCGUGUAAACCUCACGUUACGGGAAAAAAUUGUGACAAAUGUGAGGACGGGUACUACGAUAUUUUAAGCGGUGAAGGCUGCACUGCGUGUAAUUGUGAUUCCGAAGGAUCUUAUAAUCGGACAUGUGAUGCUCUUACAGGACAGUGUCAAUGCAGACCCGGUAUCACUGGAAAACGUUGCGAUGCUUGUCAGCCAUAUCAAUAUGGAUUCGGUCGAGAAGGUUGCAAGCUUUGCGAUUGUGAUCAUAUUGGAUCUCAAGAUCUACAGUGUGAUGCUUAUGGACAGUGUCCAUGUUUGACAAACGUUGAAGGAAGACGUUGCGAUCGUUGUAAAGAAAAUAAAUAUAACAGACAGUACGGAUGCAUUGAUUGCCCGCCAUGUUACAAUCUUGUUCAAGAUGCUGUCAAUUUACAUCGGCGACGUCUAGCUGAUCUGGAAAAUACUUUGAAAAAAAUAAACAGCAGUCCAACUGUUAUCAAAGACUUAGAUUUUGAAAAAGAAUUAAUGAAUGUUGAAAACCGAGUCAAGCAGCUUUUGCAAACAGCUAAGGCAGGAUCUGGUAGUGAGAAUAAAACGUUAGUCGAGCAACUUGAUGACUUACGGGAUCAAUUAAAUCAAAUUGAAAAGAUUUCACAGAGUGUUGAUGUCACAUCUCAAGAUGCGAGACGAACAAUUAACGAAGGACUUACGAGUAUUGAAGAAGCUGAGAGUGUACUGGAUAAAAUUCAUGAGCAAUUGACAGAAGCUGAAGAUUAUUUAGCAACUGAUGGAGCUACAGCACUAGCUGAUGCUAAAAAACGCGCAGAACAAGUCGGUCAGCAAAAUAAACAGAUGACUGAAAUAGCACAGGAAGCUCGAGUUCUUGCUGAUUUGAACAUCAAAGAAGCUAAAAAAAUUCAUGUGUUAGCAGAACAAGCUAAAAAUACGUCAUUGGAAGCUUAUAAUUUGGCUAAGAAAACUAUAACUAAAUAUUCAAAUAUCAGUGAAGAGAUUCGAGAACUGGAAAAUAAAUUGGAAUUACUGACAGAUCGUUUCAGUGAAGUUAAAAAUUUAACUUCGAUUGCUAUCGGCAAAUCAAUUGCAGUUGAAGAGGAAGCGCUUCAUUUAUUGAUUCUUGAUCUCACUGUUCCUUCUGUAGAUAUAGAAAAACUACAGAGCCAAGUAGACAAUGUUAAUAACGAGGGAUUGAGUAUUAAAGAACGUGCGCAAUUAUUGUUGGAAGAAAAUGAAGAAAUAAUGAGUGACUUGAUUGAGAAAAUAGAAAAAAGUAAGGAAUUGUUAAGUAAAGCGGGAGACCAACAAGCAGCGACUGAGGAAUUGAUGGGGGACGUUGAUAAAGCCAAUGCAAAAGCUGAGGAUGCAUUGAGAAGAGGCAAUGCAACGUUGUUUGAAGCACAAGAAACUCUUAAGAAACUCGGUGAGUUUGAUGCCGAAGUACAGCGAGAGAGAAUUAAAGCUCAAGAAGCUUUGAAAAAUAUCAAUGAAAUUCGGAUUAUGGUUGAGGAAGCCACUGAGAAGGCUGAUGAAACACAAAUUAUUUUAAAUGGCGCUGAAAAUAACGCGGCAGGCGCCUGGAAUAUUACGGCAGAAGCUCAGAGGAAUGCUGAUGAUGCUGGUGAGAAUGCUCAGGGAAUAAGAGCGGAAGCUAAUAGAACUAAAUCGGAAGCUUGGCGUUUGAGUAAUGAAGCUGAUAAACUUCAUACCCGGGUGGAAAUAACUGAUUCGAUUGCUAAAAAGUAUGAAAUACGGGUUGGUGAUGACGUUAAUUUGACUAAUGAAGUAAAUCAUCAAGUGGGACAAGCAAGAAACCGAGUUGUUCUUGCGGGUCAAAAAGUCGACAAAGCUCUGACAGAAGUAUCAGAAAUAAUUAGUGAGUUACAAGAUCUCCCGGAAAUCGAUGAUGCUGAUUUAGACCGUCUUGAGGAACGUUUAAUCGCCGCUGAAAAAGAAAUCAAAGCUACUAAUUUAGAUGAGAGAAUUCGUGCGUUGACUGAUUCGAAAAAUUUACAAACGCAGUGGGUCAAAAAUUAUGAAGAUGAGGUCAAUCGUUUACGCAUUGAAGUUGAGAAUAUUGACGAUAUUCGAAAAGCUUUACCAACUAAUUGUUAUAAGCGAGUUCGUCUUGAGCCAUAAUUUAAUUAAGUACUUUCCUAUUUUAUUUUUUUUUUGUUUUGUGCCAUGAGUUACUUAAAAGUUGUAUUCACGGAGCUCUUACGGCAAAAACAUCGCAGAAUCUCAUAUAAUGAUACAGUUUAUCUAUAAGAUCUACCGCUGUAUAGCAAUAUAGUGACAGCCGGUACCCUAGUAGCAUUUUUUAAGAAGUCUUACAGAAAUCUGUAUCUUCAGUCUUCAGCAAGUCUGCAUCAUCAGUCUUGAACAAGUCUGUGGCAAGAUACUUCCGUAAGAUGCGUUAAGUAAAUCUUAAGAUGCAUUAGCUCAGACUUGCUGCAGAAUUGCUUAAGAUACUUGGACAUGGCCACCCUUACUUCGUUACUUCGUGAGCCGUCUAUUCAGCAUUAGUCAAGUAAAUUCAGUGGCGCUCACUAAAAAUUCGAUAUAAUUUUAUCGAGUGAUAAUAUUAUUAAUUUGUAGCACUUUAAAUUUAAAUGAGGACCAAUGGGUCAGCUAUAAGUACUGUGUGUUGAGCUUGGAGUGAUUCGGAGAAAAAGAAACCCGAUAUCUUAAGCAAUUCUGCAGCAACUCUGACCUAACAUUGAUAUAUAGUAGACAUAUUGGUUAAGAAUUGCUGCAGACUGUUUCUACAGAUUUCCAUAAGUCUUCAAGAAGAAUCUUAAGCAAAACUUGAUGAAAUCUUUGGCAAAUAAAGUAAAAGACCUAGUUCCCGAGCAGGGAACUAGUACUCGAUUAUUCAAUGUAUUUGUAUAUCUAUAUUUAGUAAAAUUAGUAAAUAUAGAUAUACAAAUACAUGAGUGAUCAUGAUCAGGUACUAAUCCCCUGAUCGGGUACUGGGUCUCUUACCUCAUACUUAUGAUAUACAUCUUCUUCAAAUCCUGUUUAAAUCUACUGUAAGAAACUUGCUGAAGGACAUUCGUCAAGUAACUUGCUUAAGACAAUGCUACUAGGACAGCUACUGUGACAAGUUAUAAUUAAGUAAGAGCUAAUAUAGCUGUACUCGUUAUCGCCAUUAAUCGGAGUCACUCAUCAUCAUUAAAUAUUCCAAGUGCGAGUUAUUCAAUUAUCUAAAAUAUUGUGACUACCUUGAUCUUAAAAAAAAAUAAACAAAAAAAAAAGAUGACAGACAAUCGAUACUAUAUCGAGCUCAAUAUAAUAUUUCUUUUUUACAAAAUAUUUUUAUAAUAAGUGGUGCAAAUUGACUAAAUAAAAAGAAGAAAAAAAAUUAAUCUAUAGAGAAAAAAAUAAAUAAAUCCAGUGAAAUAUAUUCUUUGUGUAAUAUGAUUCAGAAGUUUGCUAUAAACGCGAUGCCAAAGACUUUUAUAAUAACGGAAGCCGAACAUUACUUAUAAUCCGAUUCGAAAACGUAUUUUUUUUCUCGCAAUAAAAAGUAUAAAAAUAAUUAAUCUACUUUAAAAAUAUUAUAUAUAGAUAUACUUAAUGUCAAUUAUCAUUAUGCUUUGUGUAGACAUAACAUAAAUUUUAUCAUCAGUU